AUGGCGGUUCGUAUUCAGCGGCUCAAAGAUUCCGAAAAGGAUGCGCAAGAUAUGGAGAAAGCUGCUAACGCAAUGGUUUUAAUAGCGGCGAAGAUGGCUACUAUAGCUUGUCGAGCCUGCGGAACGAAAGGAGGUAGUUGCAACUGCAAUGAGAAGGCCUUCCUGGAGGCCAAGGCUGCUUGGGCGGCCUUCCGACAUGUACGAGGUGAAGGCAAAACACGCGAUCACCUGAAGCCGACAGCUGCCACAGAGUAUGCACGUAAACUGCAGCCAGCCACUGUACGACAUGGCCCCGGCCCUGGUCCUGGUGCGACAGAGAUAGUCACCAUAGAUGAUGAUGAGGACCAGGCCCGCGACCAGCCGCAAAAGAGGCCUCCUCAAACACCAGCUCGCUCGCCAGCGACCCCAGGAAAGCGCCUAAAAGCCGCACCGGCGACGCCGGCUCCCGCAAAGAAGUACAGUGUCGAGGAUGAAGUCCUUCACCGAAGGCAGGCGCUAGCACGGCGGAAGUUCGACAAGCCAAUCCCAAGGAACCUGGAAGGGCUGAAAAAGGAGCACGCCUUACACCGCCGUCGGAUGAAGGAACAACGACGUGCUGAGAGAAAAUUGAAGCUUGAACGGCGCCUGUUGAAGCGCGCGAGAAAAGCCCAGCAAGAGUGGGAAGCAAAUGCUGGCAAGGAGGAAGAUGCCGAGCAGAGUCAUAGAGUUGAAGGUAAAGAAUUUGCAAAGCUUCGGGCCCUCUUUCUCGCCCAGCUGCAAACAAAGAGGAAGCGGCGAAAACUCCUGGCUGAGUACAAAAUCGAUUGGGCGAGCUUCAGACGGAUGCUCAUUUGGACGCCUCGUAAUUACAGAGAACAGCUGCGGAAGAUGCGGGCAGAAAAGAGGAAGGCUCGAAGAGCCAAAGGAGGCAAAUUCUCGGACGAAACCGUCCAGCUGAAACCUAGAGACUUUUCAAUGCCCGACCUGACGCUGGACGAAGCUCCAGAGGACCUUCGAUUCAAGCGGCCCAGGAAGUGGAGGUCUUCUGGAGCGGCCAUGAAGCAGCUCGUUCGACAGCGCCGAAAGGAGGCCCGCGGUUCCCCUAUUCGCCCCUUUUUGGUUCGCGAUAUUCCCGUCAUCUCUGGCAAAGACGCGAAGCGAAAGAUGCUCACGUACCCUGUGCUCACGUACCCCAGCAGUGUGAAAGAAGAGCAAGAGACCGACUCCCGACUCCAGGCUGCCGCUGCCACCGAGGCUGGGGAAACAGCCACUACCACCGCUGAGGACUCCCUUCAGAGCAAAGGCAUCGUGGCUGAGGCGGCUAUGGCCAUCGAGGCCGGAAGUCUGCGUAGAGACAUGCGUUUGGACCACGGACUGCGAAAAGUGAUGCAUUCCAUCAGUUUGGCAGUCACCAGCUUGCCAGCUUGCCAGCCCACACGUUGA